CCCUAGUGUAUAGGAUAGUACGGGGGUGACCGAUGGUCGGCUCGGACAGGGUGGGCUCCAUAGCUGAGCCACGGUGCCACUCAAAGAUUAUCUAUAAUUGGAGAAUUCAACGUUCAUACCAUUGCUGUCUUGCUGAUUAAAGCACGGACUCACUUUCUCAGCGCGUCAAGCAUCAGGCCCCGGUUCUAACAUAACGUGCCAUCAAAAUCUGUUUAUGUUCUUCCUGUGGAAACAGCCGGCAGUGCGGAGGCGAAGGACGGGCCUUCUCAGCCACAUCCAGGGGUUACGAAAGAGGCUGCGGGUGGAGAUGGGCAGCCGAGAGAACAUCAGGCAGCAGCUGCAGGCCUUGGAGACAGCAGCUGAACUCAUCCAGAGCUGUGCCCCAUUACAAUCAGACCUUGAUGUAGUGUACACCACAGCAGUGGAGAAGAGGUCAAGAAUGGCCAAAGGGAACGCUGCCCUGGUGCAGAGCGAACUUGAGAGGAUGGAGCAGGAUCUGGAACUUCAACAACAUGCAGGCCCUGUGUGGUCAGAGGAGGCUUCGAGGCUGAGGAGGGAGCGGGAUGUGAUGGUUUUACAACUGGUGGCUCUGAGGAAGGAGAAGGAGGAGGCAGAGAGGGACCUGAAGGCAAUGCAUCGAAGCUACAAGGCUGAGUUGGCAGAUCAGAAACUCCAGGCUUUGCAGAUCCUCCGUGAGUUUGGGGAGGUGGCCAGGCAGCAGCAGAGCGCUCUGGAGGAGCGUUACCGUGGGCUUGUACGGGAGGCGGUCCAAGACACAGUGUACCUCGCAGAUCAGAAGCAGCGACUGGAGCAGGGGAAGGAACGACUACAGGAGGUGGUUGCAAAUCUACAAGAGCAGCUGACUGCAACGAGACAGCAGGAGGAGAUUCCUCGCCGGCAGCAAGAGAUCGACAGGCCCACCUCCAGCAGCAGAGCUUGAUUAGCUAUCCUACAUCACGCCGACUGAUCGCCAAGUUUGGAAAGAAAGUCAAAGCAUCGUCCAGAUUCACUGAAGUGACAGCUUCUCCCUACUACAACACGAUAUUCUACACUCUGUAUCUUCCCCAUUGUAAAUAAAAGACACAAUGUGCUGGGGUAACUCAGCGGUUCAGGCAGCAUCACUGGAUAGGUGAUGUCACCCAUCCAUGUUCUCCAGAGAUGCUGCUUAACCUCCUGAGUUACUCCAGCACUUUAUCUCUUUUUUUGUAAACAGCAUCUGCAGUUCUGUGUGUCUAUUGUAUUUCAGUUUGACUUGAUUGUAUAUUAUCUGAUUUAUUUGAUGGCCUGUGACAAUAAUAAACCUAAACCUAACAUCCCUUACAUUGUCCGUUUGAGACCACAUUAAACAACUGCACGGAGCAGUAGUGGAGGACACCAGCAACAUCACCUGGCCAGGCCGAUCUGACCCAGCCACUGUGACCCAGUGCCACCACCAGGACAACGGGCCUUUUAAGUUGAGGCACGAAGAAAGAAGAAUCAAGGAACUGCAGAUGCUGGUUUACAAGACACAAGGUGCGGGAGUAACUCAACAGGUCAGGCAGCAUCUCUGGAGGACACGGAUUGGUGACGGUUGGGACCCAUCUUCAGACCGAUUGUGGUGAGCGAAUGUUUCAGGUCGGGGUCCGAUAUUUUUAAGAACUUGAAAUUUGAAGGAUACACAAAUGGAAACAAAGUGCUGGAGUAACUCAGUGGGUCAGGCAGCAUCUCUGGAGAGCAUGGAUAGAUGACGUUUCAGGUCGGGACCCAACUUGCGCCAGAAACGUGGCAACUCUAGCGUAUUGGCAGUGUAAUCUACUGUCUCACACUACAAUCACGGCACUUUUGCACUUAUGUAUGAUUGUACUUUAGAGUAUAGAGUUAUUUUACUGGGUUACAAAACAAAGAACUUCACUGCAUCUAGGUACAUGUGACAAUAAAGUAUCAUCAAGGACCCCUCACACCCCAACCAUGGACUGUUUGCCCUCCUCCCAUCAGGGAGGCGGUACAGGAGCCUCAGGUCACGUACUAGUAGGAUGAGGAAAAGCUUCUACAACAACACAAUCACACUACUGAACUCGGAGUCCCGACGAUAGAUUUCUCUGGUCCCUCCGUCCCCUUUGUUUAAUCAUUCUGUAUUUCCUGAUUAUUCUGUAUCUUCCCUAUUUCUAUUUUUUUUGUUUUUUCUUUAUGUACAACUACUACGGACUGACGCAAAACUGCAUUUCGUUGUACUGAUACUUGUAUUUGUGCGAUGACAUUAAAGUUGAAUUGAAUUGAAUUAAACUAUCAUGAUACUUACUAAUCUAAAGAAAUCUAAAGAAAUACACUCAAACUCUGAAGAAGGGUUUCGGCCGAAACGUUGCCUAUUUCCUUCGCUCCAUAGAUGCUGCUGUACCCGCUGAGUUUCUCCAGCUUUUUUGUGUACACUCAAACUAGAGUCUGAUGGCUGGAGGUCUGCAGCAGUCUGGGGCUUUCGUGGAUCAGGCACUGCUCAUAAGACCAAGAGCAUGGACUGGACUUUGAGAAUGGCACCAAAACUGGCCCCUCUCAGUGGACUAUUUCUGUACUUUGCUGAUCGAGGAUUGUGUUUAGAUAUGGCAAUACUUUAUUAAACUGUGUAAGAAAAUAAUUUCACUGUGCAUCUGCACGUGACAAUAAAAGCUCCAUUGAAUUGGGCCACCCUGUUAAAAAUAAAUUCCCAUGUAAUAUAUACGUUUUAUCCAAAGAUGGGAGGGUGAUGGUGCGGGAGAGAGAUAAUGAAGCGAUGCAUUCACCCAACACAUAAAUCUUCCAUCACAAUCCACAUUCUAAACUUCACAACUGUCUUUACUUUAGAAUUUAGAGUUACAGCACGGAAACUGGCCCUUCAGCCCCCUGAGCCCACACUGACCAGCAAUCACCCCAUACACUAGUUCCAUCCAAUACACUAGGGAUGAUUUAUAGAAGCCAAUUAACCUACAAACCUGUACGUCUUUGGAAUGCGGGAAGAAACCGGGAUACCCGAAAAAACCCACGCGGUCACAGGGAGAACGUACAAACUCCGUAAAAACAGCACCCAUGGUCUGGAUCGAACCUGGAUCUCCGGUGUUGAGAGGCAGCAUCUCUACCACUGCAACUCCACCUUAUGUCUUACAGGGGAGUGUGUCAGUUCAUGAAUCAGAAAUUACACCGGACCAGCCUUUGGAAACCGAUUCAUAAAAUAUCUUUACUUCAGAACGUAAAGCAUUAUGUGUACAUAGUGCUUGCAGCAGACUGCAGAUCCAGAAUGAUACAUCUCGAAGCAAUACAUCCACUGUCUGAUGCAUUCCCUUUCAAGUACGUUUCCAAAGUUGUGGCCGACAGCCUUAAAGCAAACUCCAAAUGCUGGGAAGCUCCCACCAACGGUGACAGCGACUAAAAAGGUAGAACCCCUUUCACUUGUCAUGGAAAUUACAAACUUAACAUGUCCACUUGAUACACUGCAGCUGAGACCAGAAUUCAGAUUUAUGGAGGGAUAUGGAUCACUUGCAGGCAUAAGAGAUUGGUUUAAUUUGGCAUCAUGUUCGGCAGAGAUAUUGAAGGCCGAAGGGCAUGUUCCUGCACUGUCAUGUUUUGUUCGAACCAGAGCUUGUUUUUAAACUUUAGUUUAGUUUAUCACGUGUACGGAAGGACAGUGAAAAGCUUUUGUAGCGUGCUAUCCAGUCAGCAGAAAAAUUAUACAUGAUUAUAAUCGAGCCAACCACAUUGUAGAUACAGGAUAAAGGGAAUGUUUAGUGCAAGAUAUCGUCCAGUAAAGUCCAAUUAAAGAUAGUCGGAGGGUCUCCAAUGAGGUAGAUGGGAGGUCAGGACCGCUCUCGAGUUGGUGAUAGGAUGGGUCAGUUGCCGAAUAAAAGCUGGGAAGAAACAGUCCUAUAUUCUGGAGGUGUGCGUUUUCACACUUCUGUACCUUUUCCCUGAUAAGAUGGCGUGACCGGGGAGAGAGAGAUUGGUCCUUGACUGCCUUACCGACAAUGGAAGGGAGGUUGAUUUGCGUGAUGGUCUGGGACAAAAAGGUGUUGGUACACAUAUCGUCCUAUAAGCUGCUCCCCAGCUGUCACCAGGCAACUGAACUAUCCUAUGACCAAUAAGGGAGCGGUCCCAGCGGAUUUGUUCCUAUAGCCGAUUUCCGCGGACGUCUUUGGUGCUGCUAUCUCAGGGACCCCCCCCCCAGGCCAUGACCUCUGUUGGUCCCGCAAAGCAUAUAAUACAGCAAGGCUCUGGAACCAAGAUUGUCGGAAAAUUGAAUAUGUGGACACUGCCCGACUUAACGCAAUAGGCCAUUUACAUAAACAAUUCUGUGCUGUCCCUAGUGCAACCAAGGCAGUUUGUAAUCGCCACAACACUACGAUCACAGGUUUAAAUUGGAAUCAUGCUGGCAAUGGCAGCGUGCUUACCCAGAAGGCUGCACAUCGCAGAAAGUGCCCUGUAAGCAGCCAGAUGCCGCCGAGACAGUUAAUACUCAGUGAAUUAUUUCGGACGGGGUGGGACAGUGAUUCCGACUUACGUAAAAUCUGAUUCAUGUAAGGGUUCACGGAGCAUUUAGUUUUGAGAUAAAGUGGGAGAUAGGGCAUUCGGCCCAUUGAGUUCGUGCCAACCAGCGAUCACCCCAUACACUAGCACUAUCCUACACACUAUCCUACUUACAAUUUUACCAAAUCCAAGUAACCUACAAACGUGCACGUCUUUGGUGUGGAAGGAAACCUGAGGGUCCGGAAAAAAAACAUGUUGUCACAGGGAGAACAUACAAACGAUGUACUGACAGCACCCAUAGUCAGGAUCGAACCCAGGUCUCUGGCACUGUGAGGCAGCAACUCUACCACUAGUGCAAUCCGUACACAAGUCGGGGAAUGCCUGUAUACAAAAUGUACUCUCCAUAUUUAAUGAUUAAUACAAGGCAACAGCGUUGGCAUACAUUUGAAAGAUAUUACAUUACUGAUGAAGAUACAUGAUGGGAUAAGGAAUUUUAAGCAAGUUCAUUCAUAACAGUAUGUAAACAGAGUUCCCUCCAGCCACACAUUGACAGCAAUGGUGGCGUGUGUCUAGGGUGUGGUCACUAUAACUCAGCAAGAGCUAGGUUACACAUCCACCCCAAACACAAAUUACUGGAAGUGUACAACUUAUUCAGCACCUUAAAUAAAGCUUUGGUUUCUUGUCAGUUUUCCAUAUACCGACAAGGUUUACAAAUGAAGGCAGACCCGCAGAGAGAUUGUGAGAUAGAUUGUCAGGGGUAAUAUCAGUGGGGAAGGCUCCCGAGAAACAGCGCG